GAAGUGCUAUGGGUGCAUACGCGUCUCUUAUUACUAGCAACAGUAAAUGCUGUCAGUAGUAAACAGUAUAUUGACCAUAGAAAACUUUCAUUGCCUUCGUCGGAUAGUUCGGACUUAAAGAUCAAGAAGACCGACUCCAAUACCUUCAAAGCAAACAAAAUGCACUGACCCAAUUUUAGCUAUCAAACUGUCCCUGUAACAACACUAUAACAACAAGUGAAAGUCUAGGUCUUCUCCAUGUCAACCAUGAAUGCCCUCGGUGAGGGCGAUGUCCUAACCAUUGCCCCUGAGAUGCCUGCCAUGUUUGAUGGCAUGAAGCUGGCAGCUGUAGCCACCGUGCUCUAUAUCAUAGUGCGCUGUCUGAACCUAAAAAGCCCCACUGCACCCCCGGACGUCACCUACCAAGAUACCCCCCUCAAUCGCUUUGUGAUCAAGUUCUGCCCCAUACUGUCCAAAGAAUACAUUCCACCGUUGCUGUGGGGGAAGAGUGGGCACCUCCAGACCGCCCUGUAUGGAAAGAUGGGGCGUGUCAGCGCCCCCACCCCCUUUGGGGUCCGCAAGUACCUCCCCAUGCAGGAUGGGGCCACGGCCACUUUUGACCUCUUUGAACCACAGGGGGACCACCAAACCGGAGAUGACAUUACCAUGGUGAUCUGCCCGGGGAUCGGUAACCAUAGCGAGAAGCACUAUAUCCGGACCUUUGUGGACCACUCCCAGAAGCAAGGCUACAGGUGUGCUGUGCUCAACCAUCUAGGGGCCCUGCCCAACAUAGAGCUCACAUCCCCUCGCAUGUUCACCUACGGCUGCACCUGGGAGUUUGCUGCCAUGGUGGGCUAUAUUCGGAAGGCCUUUGCCCAGACCAUGCUGGUGGUGGUGGGUUUCAGCCUCGGGGGCAACAUCGUAUGCAAGUUUCUUGGAGAGAGCCAAGCCAACCAGGAGAAAGUAAUAUGCUGUAUCAGCAUCUGCCAAGGGUACAGUGCACUCAGGGCUCAGGAGACAUUCCUACAGUGGGACCAGUGCCGAAGGAUCUACAACUUUCUUAUGGCCGACAACAUGAAGAAGAUUAUCCUGUCACACAGGCGGAGUCUAUUUGGGUCCAACUCAACCAAGAUUGAGGAAGCAGAUUUGAGCAAACUGUAUACUGCCACCUCCAUUAUGCAGAUUGAUGACAACAUCAUGAGGAAAUUCCAUGGCCAUGACUCGUUAAAAGAGUACUACGAGAAGGAGAGCUGCGUGCAGUACAUCUACAAUGUCAAUGUGCCUCUCCUAUUGGUCAACUCUUCAGAUGACCCCCUGGUCCAUCCAUCACUGUUGACUAUCCCACGCACACUUGCAGAAAAGAAGCAGAAUGUGAUAUUCGCACUGACACAGCACGGUGGUCACCUCGGCUUCUUUGAGGGAGCGGUGCUGUUCCCCCAGCCCCUCACCUGGAUGGACAAGGUCAUUGUGAGCUACGCAAACUCCAUCUGCCAGUGGGAGAAGAACAAGCCAGUCUGCCAGAGGACACAGCGUGGGAGACAGUUGCACUCCUGCCAUCCCCAGACCCUGGGCAAAACCUAAACCCUCACAGGCAGUGUUCAAGCACUAACACACUAACCCAUAGAUAAGCAAUGAUAUGCUACCUACUCUCCGUUUCUCCUAACCCUCUAACCCCAUCCAUGUUUUUACAAAACCGCUUUUUACCAAGUCACUCUAACUUUUACCAUUUCAAAGGAAUUAACAUGUGAGAAGGGACACGUACAGGAACAGGUAAAGGAAAUGCGUAACUUCAAGCUCUGUGGCCCCAAGGGCUUAUCAGUAAAGUUACGAUGCCUCUAUUCAGAGGCUUAAAGCCAAAGCCUUAUCAAGGAGCUGGGGCCUUGACGGCCCAAAUGGACCCCGCUGGUAAACCACUAUAGGAUGCCACUGUUGCCGAGCCAAGGAGGUCCACCUGUCACCAAUGUUACAUAUGGUGCUUACAGAAAGGGAGAGGGAAAAAAUUGUAAUCUUUUCGGGUGCUGUUUGGGAGUUAAAUUGGAACUUUUAACUUUAAAUAAGAAAGGGGGAUAUUUGAAGUGCUGAAAGGUUUCUUGAAGGAACUGUGUGUGACUAAACACUUUCAAGGGCCAGAGUCAGGGUUGAGCAUGUACACAGCUGGACCAGUCAAACACUACUGUUGCAUUAGUCCUCAUUUACCUGUACUGUACUAAGUAGAAGUACAUCCUCCACUGCCUGGCAAUAGGUCCUAUACUUUCUCUAAAGGAGGAGAAGGGUCAUUGGGUGGAUAGUUAUAAUUUCAGUCCCUUUACUUAGUUUUUCACCCAUGCCUUAGCUCCUCCAUAAAAAUUCAUUUUUGUUGGUGUAUUUCUGUAUGAUCUUCCUUCAGUAUGGCAGUUAAGACUUGGUUUUAAAAGGGACAAACAGUGUAUUUUCCUUUUGGACUAAGUUUGAAAUUGAAUUUUUCACAAUGUGAGAACUUAGUCUAAUCUCAAUAAUGUACUAACUGCGUGGUGUGGCAACAACAAACUCUGUGUUCAGACUGUGACGUUUGGACCCGUCUAUGCUGCUGAGGUACAGUUCUAAACAUAACUUUCCAUAUAAGACACAAUGUAAGUUAUGACUUGGUAUUCUUCCUUGGGGAUGAACCCCUAUGCCUCUUUCAAUUACAUUUUAGGUAUAUAAACUGUGUUUUUCACUUUUUGAUUUUUUUUUACAGUUUUUAGAAACAUCCUAAUUUCUCACAAUUUCUGCUCACUUAUUAAUUUACUUACGGUUACCUCUUAUUUUUGUUAAGACGAUUUGUUAUAAAUGUGACCCAAAAAUAUUUUUCUGUAAUCACUGUGGAUUUGUCUUUGUUCUCUGACAGCUGUACACCCUUUUUCUUUAUGCAGCUGUAAUCUUUUGCAGUCUGUGGUGGACAACGGACCAUAAAUUCUCUAUGUUGUCAUGGCAAUAUUAAAGGCAGGGUAGGUAAUGUCUUUGAGAAGCACUAUUUGUCAUAUUUGGUGAAAUAAACUUCACAUCCUGAUAUCUAUCUAUAAAUCAAAUGCUCUGACAGUAAAAUAAAUCUGAUAUCUGUGCCAGUCACAGGACUGUAAUAAACACAACCAAUCAUUGUGUUCGUACUGAAUACAAUGAUUGGACAGGCUACUUGCCUGUUUACCUACUUGUCCUCCCAGCAGUAGUCAGGCAGCACAUGUGUUUUGGGGGAGUGGCUUUGAGGGGAGGUGUUGGGAUAUUUUGGGUUGGAUACUUUCAAACUCAAGUCAUAAUAGCUAGUUUCUCAAACCUUGCCCUGCCUUUAUAUGAGAUGUAGACUUCCUACUUCCUAAUAGACCUUAACGGCAACUUGAUAGCUGCCGUUUUUUCCCUCUGGAACUCCUCCCAUGUUCUGCCUUUACUCUCUUCAGUUUACAGUGACAUGUUUUACGAACUGUCAAUAUCCGUUGCGAUAACAUAGAAUUGUAACAACACUGUGCUGUACUCCUGUCAAUCAUGUGCACUGGUUAAAAAAAUAUGUAAUGCAAUGCAUUUUUUGGUAAUAUUAAAAACUGUUUGAACUUGUGUCCUUUAAUAAAAGAUUUUCAUGUA